GAUCAUAGUGUAUUAUUAAAAUUUAAUGUAAACUAGAAGGUUCAACGAAGCAAUAUGCACUAACAAAAAGUAUUGUUUCGUCGUGUUGCUAUAAAUACAACACCAUAGUAGUUAAGUCGUUACCAUGUCAAAACCUAUGUAAAGCACAUAAACACAUCACACCAAGAUUCUUGGAGUUUAUAUACUUUUAUUAUAGUGAUCAGUCUUGUAAACGGGAGCCAUGGUGGACGCUACGAAUGCGUUAGUGAUUGUAUUAAACAGCGUCGUCGUAUUACUCCUCGCCGGUGGUGCCACGGUGGUCCAAGCUUGUAUCCCCUCUGAGCGAGCGGCGCUUCUCGAGUUCCGAUCAAAGCUCAACGAGCCUUACAUCGGCGUGUUCAAAACGUGGAAAGGCCAAGACUGCUGCAACGGCUGGUACGGCGUGAGCUGCGACCCCAAAAGCCGCCGCGUCUCCGGCAUCACCCUCCGCGGAGUGUCGGAGGAGCCGAUUUUCCAGCGGGCGAAACGGAAGGGAUUCAUGACCGGCACCAUCUCGCCGGCGAUAUGCAAACUCGCUCACCUCUCCGGCAUCACCAUCACCGACUGGGAAGGAAUCUCCGGCGUGAUUCCGAGCUGCAUAACGAAUCUUCUCGCCAUGAGACAUUUAGAUCUCGUCGGGAACAAAAUCUCCGGCGUGAUUCCGGCGAAUAUCGGGAAGCUGGUGAAGCUGAGCGUGUUGAAUCUCGCCGAUAAUAAAAUCUCCGAUGCGAUUCCUCCGUCGAUCACGAGGCUGACGAGGCUAUCGCAUAUUGAUCUGAGGAACAACGUUAUCUCCGGCGUCAUACCGGGAGACAUCGGCCGGUUAAAGAUGCUGAGCCGUGUGCUCUUAACCGGUAACAGAAUAUCCGGUAAGAUACCCGAAUCUUUGACCCGGAUCUACCGACUCGCGGAUCUCGAGCUCGGGAGGAACCGGAUCACCGGCGCGAUCCCGGCUUCGCUGGGGAAAAUGUCGGUGCUCGCGACGCUCGAUCUCCACGGGAACUUGAUCUCCGGCGCGAUCCCGGGGAGUUUGAUGACUUCGUCGAUAUCGAAUUUGAAUUUGAGCGGGAACCGUCUCGCGGGAAAGAUACCGAAUACGUUUGGACCGAGGUCGUACUUCACGGUGCUGGAUCUUUCGAAUAACAGUCUGCAGGGAGCGAUCCCGGCGAGUAUCAUGACGGCGUCGUUUAUAGGACACAUCGACGUGAGUCGUAACCAACUGUGUGGGAAGAUUCCGACGGGAUCUCAUUUCAGUCAUCUUGAGGCGACGUCGUUUGCUUACAAUAGAUGCCUCUGUGGAAAGCCUCUUAGGAACUGUCUCGCAGUUAAUUAAUCAAAUCAUUGAGAAGUGAUAUGGAGUACUAUUUACAUUGAUACAUUAUUAUCAUGUUGUAAGUUGUAGCCCGCGCCCCAUUCGAAAGAGGCAAUGCUAUAUAUACACGUAAACUGUAUAAGUCCUGCUAAUGGGCUGGUUUUUUACUGUCGUUAAAUAAUGGGCUUCAAAUAAUGAAUUUCCUAUCGAUAGGCG